AUGGCAUCGGUGCUCGGGAACAACAGCCGCGCGUCGGGAGCUACGAGCGGGCAAACCAAGUGCAAGUUCAAGAGGAGGAGGAGGAGGAGGUCCAAGAGAAAAGAGAAAGUCAGUAUGCUGUCAGCAUUGAUCGCCCCCUUCAAGUACAGGAGCCCCGGGACCAGCAGCACAGAGGACGAGGACAGUUUAAGCACCAGCAGUGCGGAGGUAAAAGAAAACCGUAACAUCGGGAACUUGGAAGACCGCACCGCCGGAUCCGGAGAGCGCCAGUCGCUUUUAUGCGCCGACUCGCCGAGAGGUGGGACUUCGGGCCUGAAGAGAAAGCGGCCACUGGAAGAAGACAACAAUGGGCACCUCUGCCAGCUCCGUCUUAUCUAUAAAAAACUGUCCUGGUCGGACGCACCAAAGAAUGCCCUGGUGCAGCUCAACGAGCUCAGGCCGGGCCUCCAGUACCGCAUGGUCUCCCAGACCGGCCCGGUUCACGCUCCCGUUUUCUCCAUCGCCGUGGAGGUCAACGGGCUGACCUUCGAGGGCACAGGGCCCACCAAAAAGAAGGCCAAGAUGAGAGCUGCCGAGCUGGCACUCAAGUCUUUCAUCCAGUUCCCCAACGCUCCUCAGGCCCACCUGGCCAUGGGGAACCUCUCCAACCCCGCCGCCGACUUCACCUCGGACCAGGCGGACUUCCCCGACACGCUUUUCAAGGAGUUCGAGUCCUCGUCGUGCUCCGACGGCCUCCCUCUAUGCACCGCAGCGGCCGACAGCGAGCUACUUUCUAGCGAGCUGCUGAGACACGGCCGGCUGCUCCGCCACACGCUGGACCUGAUGGUGCAAGCUCAGCAAAAGCUGGGCGGGAUCGUGCCGGAGCCCGAGGCCCCCAAGAGCCCUGUGGCCCUGCUCAACGAGAUCCGGCCAGGCCUGCGCUACGCCUGUCUCUCAGAGCGGGCCAAGGGCCGCCGGCUGCGUAGCUUUGUGAUGGCCGUGCGUGUGGACGGGCGGAUAUUUGAGGGCUGCGGACGGAGCAAGAAGCUGGCCAAGACCCAGGCGGCUCAGUGUGCUCUCCAGACCCUCUUCAACAUCAGGACGGCCCCCGAGGGAAGGACGGGCCUCAAAGCCAGCAGGAAGAACUGCCCUCGUUUACCCCAGGAGUUUGCCGACUCAAUAUUUCACUUGGUGAGGGAGAAGUACCGGUCACUGGUGGGCGGCUGCAGUCCAGCGCACGCUCGGCACAAAUCCCUGGCAGGCAUCGUAAUGACCCGAGGUCUGGACCUGAGGCACGCCCAGGUGGUGGCGUUAUCUACAGGCACCAAAUGUAUUAACGGGGAGUACCUCAGUGACCAGGGACAGGUGGUCAACGACUGCCACGCCGAGGUCACCGUCCGGAGAGCCCUGCUACGCUUCUUCUACUCUCAGCUAGAGCUCUUCUUGAGGUAG